AUGUCAGCAGAUUUGAAAGAGCUGGAAGCUACCCGAGAAUUACCUACUGAAGGCCUUACUGAGGACAAUGAAGAGUUUGUAGAAGAAGAUUACGAGGAUUACGACGACUAUGACGAUUAUCUAGACGACGAAUUGAAUGAUACAGACAUGUGGGACAAUGCCACUGGAGACUUCACCAAGCAGUACAACAAGCUUCGUCAACAGAUUGCACCUUCUGUAUCAGCCGAUAAACCAGCACCUGCUGUCAACAGAAAGCUUGCACCAGCACCUCUUCGCAAAGCAGCAGCAUCAUCCGCAGAGGGCCAAGAUGCCACGACCGAGAAGAAGCAAAUGUUGGAUAGUCAGAUUGAUAGUUUGGGCCAUUUUGCCAGUAGAAUUCACAUUGGCGAAGACUACAACCCAUCCAAGAUCUCAUCGUCAGUUGCGAGUGAUAUCAAAUUGAGCUCCAAAAAGGCCAGUGGAGACAAGACGGUGCAAAAGGAUAAGGCAGACCGUGCGACAGUGGAACAAGUGCUUGAUCCUCGUACUCGUAUCAUUCUGUUCAAAAUGUUGAAUCGAGGCAUUUUCUACGAAAUCAACGGCUGUAUCAGUACCGGUAAAGAAGCCAAUGUGUAUCAUGCCAUGACAGAAGACGGACAACACAGAGCCAUCAAGGUCUACAAAACAUCCAUUUUGACAUUCAAGGAUCGUGAUAGAUAUGUCACUGGUGAAUUCCGUUUCAGACAUGGUUACUCCAAAUCCAACCCUAGAAAGAUGGUCAAAGUGUGGGCAGAAAAGGAAAUGCGCAACUUGAGGCGUAUUCAGCAAGCAGGCAUUCCAUCUCCCAAUGCGCUCGUGUUGAGAAUGCAUGUGCUGGUCAUGGAGUUCUUGGGUGACAAGAACGGAUGGGCCUAUCCCCGUCUCAAGGACGCUCAGAUCGAAACCUCAAGAUAUCCAGCCCUGUACUAUCAGCUCGUCAAGAAUGUGCGUACCAUGUAUCAAGUCUGUAAGCUGGUGCACGCUGAUUUGAGUGAAUACAACAUCCUCUAUCACUCGCGCAAGCUGUAUAUUAUUGAUGUAUCGCAGUCGGUGGAGCAUGAUCAUCCUCAUGCAUCCGAGUUUUUGAGAAAGGAUCUCUCCAAUGUCACAGAUUACUUUGCCAAAAAGGGCGUGCGAGUGAUGAGUAUCAUGGAGCUCUUUAAAUUUGUCACUGAUGUGACAUUUGGCAAUGAAGAAGAAGAAGUGGAUGCCCGAUUAGAAAAGAUCCAAGAGGAAAUGAACGCAAAUCCCAGCCUCGAAAUCAACUCUGUGGAAGACGAAAUUUUCAUGAAAUCUUAUAUACCUACGACACUGGAAGAAGUCAUUGAUAUUGACCGAGACACAUUAUUAGUGGAGCAAGGCGAUGGCAAGAAUCUCGUUUAUGCCGAUUUACUUGGCACGGGUGUAACAAAAUCUGUUCAACAGCUAAGCAUUGGCGAUGACGAUGACGAUGAUGAUGACAAAAAGUCUGAAGCUGAAGCUGCAGAUAACAGCGAUGUUGCUGACAGUGAUUCACAACAUGAAGAUGGUUCCGAUGAGGAGGAGGACGAUUCUGAGGAUGAGGAUGGCGAUAGAAAACCCAAGACACCCAGAGGCAAGAAGAACGAGGACAAAGACGACAAGAAAGAAAGAAAACAAAAGGCCAAGGAAGAGGCUAGAGAGCGCAGAAAGCACAAGCUUCCCAAGGCGGAAAAGAAGAGAAAGAUCAAGACUAGUAGCAAAAAGAAGAAAUAG